GAAGUACUCUGUAUAACAGUCUAUCAAUUUCGGUUAAAUGGAGACAGUUUCAAGUAACCGUAAGGAAUUACGAUUUUAUUUUUGGCUGUGUUAGGAGUGAUGGAAUUGUUGAUUAAAAAAAUACACAGACUAACUUGGAAGGUUGGAGUAAAUAAUACGUGAACUCCAUGAAUGACUUUGCGAUGUUGUGCGCCUUUGUUUGAGUGAAAGUCGUAGACCUAUUAUAGCUGCGGUUACUAAUGUGCAUGGUUGUACUGUUUUCAUAGUAGUUUGGUCUUGGGUUUGGAAUACUUGCCCUGCCUGGUCAAACAACCAGUUGUUGUUACCGACAACCAGCCAUGCUCUCUCUUGCCUUCAGAGAUCCCAGAUAAGCAUCCUGUUGACAGGAGACGCGCACUGGAGGGCGCGUAAUGCUAGACUAUGAGCAGGGGAACCGAAUUAAGCCUCUUCUUGGUGGAAUAUUCAUGUUGAUUUUGCUAAAUGAAUUAUUUGUCAUUGUGUGGUAGGGAUCUGAUUGUCAGUGUAAAAGAGAACAUGAAUAUGAUGUUGUGGUUGACAUUGGUAUUAUGCUGUUUCUCUCACUAGCGACCAUGGCCACCACCUCAGCUCCAUACAACACAGGUGGCAUGGUGGUAGUCACCCAUGUGUACCCCCAGCAAGGAGCCCAAGGCAGUGGCUUACCCCAGACUGGAGCUGCUCCAGCACCCUCCUCUCGGCUUCACAAGUUCCUGAAAGGGGAACCGUCUAUCCUGGGCGCUAUCCAGAUAAUGAUAGGAAUUGUCAUAUUCCUGUUUGGCAUGGUUGGUGCAUUUCAUCCAACUCUGUCCAUUUACAGCGGGAUCCCCUUCUGGGGAGCCACAAUUUACAUCACAGCUGGGUCUCUCACAGUGAGGGCUUACAAGAAACUCGGCAGCUGUAUGGUCAAAGCUUCCCUGGGGAUGAACAUCAUCAGCUCCAUAACUGCAGGUCUGGCCAUCAUUCUCCACAGCCUCGACUUCAUUGUCCGAACCUACCCCUACUACCGCUGUCACUAUGGUGACUAUGACUCGUAUGGCUGUCGUUCCGGCCACGAAGCACUGCAGGCCAGAUUAUGGGGAACGGUUGGCGUGAUGCUGGUGCUGUCAAUACUGCAGUUCAUCCUCUCCAUCUGUGUGUCGGCUUUUGGCUGCAAAGCCACCUGCUCAGAUGAAACUCAGCCGGUCAUGUACAUUACCAACCAGAUCCCUGCCUCUCUUCUGACCUCCCCACCAUCUACUGACCCUCUCAACACAGCUGAGAUGCCACUUCUGCCACCCAGUGAGCUGGCACCUGCUCAUGACGGCAAUGCUGAGAGUGCCCCUACUGGCCAAUUUGAAGACCUGCCGCCAAAGUACAGCCUUGCCUAGGAGGACAUUGCUGAUGAGGGAUGACCCGUGUAUUCAUACAUACUGCUGGUUUUGACGAGGGAUGAAUACAUACAAUAGGAAAAGGGAACAAAUAUCCACACCGCAGAAGCUCCCCUUGCUGUGAUUAAUUAAGAGACAAAAUGACAACGUUUCGACCUGCAAGGUGUUUGUCAGUUGCCUGAGCAACAAACAGUGGGCAGGUCUACAUAUAGAAAAUGGAAGGGGCGUCCUUAUCGUGGCUUAAUGGUAGGGCACUCGUCUACUACUCGGCCGACCCGGGUUUGAUUCCUGGCCCGGGUCCUUUGCCAGCCCUUUCCCGUCUCUCUCCCCCAACUUGCUUCCUGUCUCUGCUUCACUGUUCACUUAUAAAAACACCAAUAAAGGCUUGUGAAGGCCCCCCAAAAAGACAAGAAACUUUAAAAGAA